CGGCCGAAUCAAAAUUUACUGUGCCCGAGGCUACAUACGGGCUCACUGGUGCUUGCUUGUUGCUCACUGUAUACCAGCCGGCGCACCGCGAAAGACGCGGUCGAAAGGCUCGCUCAGAGUGCUGUGCUUGCUCAAAAAUACAUUGCUGCGUGCUAGACGCCGCUGUGCGACGCCAAACUCACAGAAGUAGCGCGCGCCGCCAAUUUAGCCCGCCGCCGCCAGCAACUAGCUAAAAUGCCGCCGCCGCGCAACGCCAGCACCUACAACGCGCGCCCGCCGACGCGCGAGCGCGAGGAGCUCGCGAAGCGAUGCCUCGAGCGCUCGAAAAACGCUCUACUGGAAUUUCAGAAGAAGAGCGCCGCAUUGGGCGUCGCCGUGGCGCCGAUGACGGCGCCGGACGGGACGACGGUGGCGUACGACCACUUCGAGGGCGUGCGCGUCGCGCCGCCGGUGGAGAACGCCGUCAUCAAGCUCGUGGAGGAGACCGCGCCAGCAAUGCCCGCACCGAAACCGCGGCUGCCGCUCUCGCCGAAGAACACGACCACGACGUCGUCCUGGAAGACGGGGUUCCUCGAAACAAAAAAGACGGACGCGCGCGGCCGCUUCGUCGCGCCGCCGCCCGCGCCACCCCGCUCUACUGUAACGUGGAAGGCGCCGCCGCCGAAGUCUCCGUCCGCGGACGUGGCGGCCCUGCCGACGCCGACGCUCGUCGGCGCGCUCGAGGCGGACCUCGGCGCGCGCCUGGGGACCACGCCACAACCGGAGCCGGCCGCGCGCGCGGCGCCGGCGUUCUCGCCGAUGCCCGUCGCUCCCGUCGUCGAGCCGGAGCCGGAGCCAGUCGUUCCCGCGCCGGAGGCGCCGGACGCCGCGCCGGUGUCGCCCGCGCCCGUCGUCGAGCCGGAGCCGGAGCCGGAGGCCGAGCCGCCCGCCGCUCCCGCGCCGGAGGCGGCGCCUCCGAGCGACGCAGGGGCCACCAAGCCCGAAGCCGAGGAGGAGGAGGACCUUCAGGCCUUCCUCCGCCGGGGCCGGCGCCUGAUCGCCGGGUCCGCCAGCGCCGCGGCCGAGCGCGAAGCACUCCGGGAGCAGGCCGCGGCGGCGGCGGCCGAGCGCGCGGCCCUGAGCGCGCGCCUCGCGGCCGUCGAGGCCAGCGCCGCCGCCGAGCCCGUCGCGGCCCCGGCGCCCGCCGCAAGGACCGCCGCGGAGCUGCUCGCCGAGGCCAUGGCCACGAUCGCGAACGACGAGACGCUAGCGAGCGAACCGAAGGUGCUGCGCGCGGCGACCAAAGCGGCGAAGGUCCUCACGGGCGCGCCGGAGACGCCGCCGCCCCCCGCGCCGCAGCCGGCGCCCGCGAAGCCCGCGAAGACGCCGUGGGUGCCGCCGCCGGCGCGGUCGCGGAGCCGGUCGCCGCCGCGGCCCCGGUCGCCGCGGCCCCGGACCGUGCCCGCGCCGCCGCUCCCCGUGCCGUCCUCUUCGCCGCCGGUGCCGCGCGGCCGCACCGCCGACGACACGUGGCGCCGGACCGCGGCGGCGUGGCGCAAGCGGCUCGCGGCCAUCGAGGCGACGCACAAACGGCUGCGCGCGGGGCCGUUCCCCGAAAUGCGGGAGCGGCCCUUUGUUACUUCUUAA